AUGACCUUGAAGGUUAAAACUCCAGUCACUAAUAACGAAGAUAAUGAAUUUUGGGAAAUUUUCGAUGGUGAGCGUCUAAAUGGUGUCAUUAAUUCCAUAUUCCACACAUCACUGAGAGUCACCGUGGAAAUUGUGUAUCUACAGUUACUGAUCUGUAUGCACUUAGCAGUUGCAGAUCUAAGUGCUCCAAGGCAGUGUCUGAUUGCUGUGUUCCAGGCACUUCAUGGCCUGCGUGUACAGGACACAGGUGACCUUUCUGACGCAGAAAUCAGUCCCUCCACCCAGUCUCAGCCCUCCACCCAGUCUCAGCCCUCCACCCAGUCUCAGUCCUCCACUCAGUCUCAGCCCUCCACCCAGUCUCAGUCCUCCACUCAGUCUCAGCCCUCCACCCAGUCUCAGUCCUCCACUCAGUCUCAGCACUCCACCCAGUCUCAGUCCUCCACUCAGUCUCAGCCCUCCACCCAGUCUCAGUCCUCCACUCAGUCUCAGCCCUCCACCCAGUCUCAGUCCUCCACUCAGUCUCAGCCCUCCACCCAGUCUCAGUCCUCCACUCAGUCUCAGCCCUCCACUCAGUCUCAGCCCUCCACCCAGUCUCAGCACUCCACCCAGCCUCAGCCCUCCACUCAGUCUCAGCCCUCCACCCAGUCUCAGCACUCCACCCAGUCUCAGCCCUCCACUCAGUCUCAGCCCUCCACCCAGUCUCAGCACUCCACCCAGUCUCAGCCCUCCACUCAGUCUCAGCCCUCCACCCAGUCUCAGCCCUCCACCCAGUCUCAGCCCUCCACCCAGUCUCAGCCCUCCACCUAUCUCAGCCCUCCACCCAGUCUCAGCCCUCCACCCAGUCUCAGCCCUCCACCCAGCCUCAGCCCUCCACACAGUCUCAGCCCUCCACCCAGUCUCAGCACUCCACCCAGUCUCAGCCCUCCACUCAGUCUCAGCCCUCCACCCAGUCUCAGCCCUCCACCCAGCCUUAGCCCUCCACUCAGUCUCAGCCCUCCACCCAGUCUCAGCACUCCACCCAGUCUCAGCCCUCCACUCAGUCUCAGCCCUCCACCCAGUCUCAGCCCUCCACCCAGUCUCAGCCCUCCACCCAGUCUCAGCCCUCCACCCAGUCUCAGCCCUCCACCCAGUCUCAGUCUCAGCCCUCCACCCAGUCUCAGCCCUCCACCCAGUCUCAGCCCCCCACCCAGUCUCAGCCCUCCACCCAGUCUCAGCCCUCCACCCAGUCUCAGCCCUCCACCCAGUCUCAGCCCCCCACCCAGUCUCAGCCCUCCACCCAGUCUCAGCCCUCCGCCCAGUCUCAGCCCUCCACCCAGUCUCAGCCCUCCACCCAGUCUCAGCCCUCCACCCAGUCUCAGCCCUCCGCCCAGUCUUAGCCCUCCACCCUUCAGCCCAGUACUAGCCUUUCUCCUUAACAUGGUGUGCGGGUCUCGUUAA